CAGCUGUAUCAGGAGCACAUAAAGAGAAGGAGCAUCUAACUGAGCUGUUGUCUAAGUGGUUUGACCAAAUAUCUCCAUGUAUGGUAGUUGUGAAAUAUGUGAAUAUCAUUACCAAUAUUUAUAAUGAUGUUCGGAGAAAUGUUGCUGUGUUGUGGUUUUGUCAAUUUGUAUACUUGUUACUACAUAAUAGUUAUAGACUGAGGGCCUGAGGGUCUCAAAACUCCAUAGUGACCGUGGACGAGGCCUAUAACUUGUUUAGAAUAGCGCUUACUCACCUGUGUAGGCCAGUCUGUAUUAUAGGAACAGCUAGAGUCACAAUGGACAGCACGGACGAUGCUAAUAGACAACUAAGAGCUAACAAAGAAGACUUUUGCAGAAAUUCGCACUGCUUGGGAAAGGAAUGGCAUGGCUGGGGAUGCUGCUCAACACCAGAACUUGAAAGCCCUUCCCUUUUAUCCAGUGUGACUGAAGAGUUACUGCGCAUGAGCAAUAUAGAAGAGCCCAUGCAUGUGCAAGUGCCACAAAAUCGUUACGCACCUCCAACAACAGAUGAAGCUGUGACUAAGGCUAGAGCUGAGUCAGUUCCAAAGAAAACAAGAGAUGACACUGCAUAUUGUGUGAAAUUGUGGCAUGACUGGGCAAGUAACCGUAAAAUACUCACUGAUGUUGUUGUUCCUUCACUAAUGGGACUUGACAAGAAAGAAAUGCAGUAUUGGCUAUGUCGAUUUGUCUUGGAAGUUAGAACAAAGAAAGGAACUGAAUACGCUCCAAACACACUCUAUCAUCUCAUAUGUGGAAUCAUGCGUUACGUUCGUCAACAGUGUGAAAAACCGGAGAUAGACUUCUUCAAAGACCCUGAAUUCGCACAAUUUCGCUCAUCUCUUGAUGCAGAAAUGAAGAGACUCCAAGCUACUGGACUAGGUUCUACACGGAAGCAAGCAGAACCCCUCUCUAUGCAAGAAGAAGAGCUCUUGUGGGAGAAAAAGCUGCUAGGUGACCACUGUCCUGCAGCUCUACUCAACACAAUGGCUUUUAUGAAUUGGCUGUACUUUGCUCUUCGUAGUGGAGGUGAACAUCGUCAGCUUCGUCACAUUCCUUGCCAAAUUGAAGUUUUUGACAAUCCUCAAGGACGAUCCUGUCUUCGAUACACCGAAGAUAUCUCAAAGAACCACCCAGGUGGGCUAAAAGGCCGCAAACACAAGCAAAAAGUAGUUGUUCACCAUUCAAAUAUCGAGAAUCCAACAAGAUGCUUUGUACGACUAUUUCAAAAGUACAGCACUCUUUGCCUACCAGAACGCCCCAGUAAUGCUCUCUACCUCACUCCUUUGGCAAAACCAAAAAAUGAUGACUGCUGGUUUUCGAAAGUACCUUUGGGCCACAAUUCUCUUAAGGAUAUUGUUAAGAAUAUGUGUCUAAAAGCAGGAAUACCUGGCUACAAAACCAACCACUCUCUCCGAGCGACUACAGCAACACGACUGUAUUCGAACGGUGUUGAUGAACAGUUAGUGAUGGAGCGCACUGGACACCGUAGUAUCGAAGGCAUACGAAGCUACAAACGCACCUCCAGUGAGCAACAGGAGAACAUUUCGGAUCUUUUAAAUGGCAAAAAACCUUGUAUGGACCUUGUACCAGCUUCAAACAAACAGCCGUUCGUACCUAUGCCAGCACUUCCUCUCAGUCUGACAAGAUCCCCAACACUACCUUCUUCUUGCUCACAAGUUGUGACGUCAAACGUUAGUGCACCACAACAUUCCAGCUCGAAAAACGAUCAUGCAGGAGCAUUCCACUUAAGUUCAUGUUCUAACAUAUCCAUUAACUUCCACUAUUCCAACACAUAGUCGUAUUACUCUUAUGAUACUAGACCUCAAACUGUACGAACCGUAUAUAUGUACUUGUGCAUUUGCAUGUAUUAUGUUUUAUGUAUUUGUUAUUUAUGUAUUAUGUUGCUAUGCAUUCCAUGUUUCCAUACAAGUUAAUCUUGACAUCAUCUUGCCUGUAGGCUUAAUCAGUAAUAGACCUACUUAGAAGACCUCUGACAGUUACAGGUCUAUAAGUGAAAUAAUGGACCUCUCAGUGACCAAUCAGAUUGCAGUAUUACUACAAGCAUUUUCUAAAACCACUUAGACAACAGCUAUUCUGAGUAUCUGUAGGGAGUUAGAUGCUCCUUCUCUU